GAGAGCCAGACAGACAGACAGAGAGAGAGAGAGGGAGAGAGAAAAAAAAUGGCAGAAUAUUCAGCAGUGGCGCCGCCGAACGCUUUAGCCGGCGGGGGAUUCAAGAACGAUGCUUUCGCGGACGCUCUGCAGAGGGCCAGGCAGAUUGCAGCAAAAAUCGGUGGAGAUGCAGGGACGUCAGUAAAUCCACCUGACUUUGGAUUUGGUGGACAGAAGAGACCGCUGGAAGAUGGAGAUGACUGUCGGACAAGUCUGAACAAUAGAGCACACUGGGAGGGAAUGCCCUCUCCUUUCAAAGAUCAACCAGAUACCAAGAAAGUUGCCCAGAAUGAUCCAUUUGGAGCACAAUUAGCUGCAAUGCAUCAACAAAGGUCGAUUGCAACGGAGGAGUACAAAGUUCCUGACAGCAUGGUUGGAUUUAUAAUUGGUAGAGGUGGGGAACAGAUCUCCCGUAUACAGCAAGAAUCUGGUUGCAAAGUACAGAUUGCACCAGACAGUGGUGGCCUACCAGAAAGAUCCUGCAUGUUAACAGGAAGUCCUGAUUCAAUUCAAGCUGCAAAGAGACUACUUGAUCAAAUAGUUGAAAGAGGUCGGAUUGGACCUGGUUCACACCAUGGGGAUGGACCAGGUACUGCUGUUCAGGAAAUAAUGAUUCCUGCAACCAAGGCCGGGCUUGUAAUUGGAAAAGGUGGAGAAACAAUUAAACAUUUACAGGAGCGUGCUGGAGUCAAGAUGGUAAUGAUCCAAGAUGGCCCUCAGCCGACUGGGACUGACAAACCUCUCCGAAUAACAGGGGACCCAUACAAAGUACAGCAAGCCAAGGAAAUGGUGAUGGAUCUAAUCCGAGAUCGAGACCAAGGUGGAUUUAGAGAAACGCGUAAUGAAUAUGGAUCCAGAUUGGGAGGAAGUAAUGAAGGCUUAGAUGUGCCUGUACCACGAUUUGCUGUUGGCAUUGUAAUAGGAAGGAAUGGAGAAAUGAUUAAGAAGAUUCAGAAUGACGCUGGUGUGCGGAUUCAGUUCAAACCAGAUGAUGGGACAACUCCAGAAAGAAUAGCUCAGAUCAUUGGUCCUCCAGACAGAUGUCAGCAUGCUGCAGAAAUACUUACAGACCUCCUGCGAAGUGUUGAGGCGGGCAUGCCUCCUGGCCCCGGCGGCCCUGGACCUGGCAGAGGAAGAGGCAGAGGACAAACCAACUGGAAUAUGGGUCCCCCUGGUGGACUCCAGGAGUUCAGUUUCACAGUACCCAGCAGCAAGACGGGCAUAAUUAUUGGCAAAGGUGGCGAUACCGUUAAAGCAAUUAGCCAGCAGUCAGGUGCACGGAUAGAACUUCAGCGAAAUCCUCCGCCAAAUGCUGAUCCAAACUUCAAAAUGUUCAUUAUUCGAGGAUCAGCUCAACAGAUUGACUUUGCUAGGCAACUUAUUGAAGAAAAGAUUGGGGCUCCUACAGGCCCUCCGGGGCCACCUGGUCCCCAUGGGCCACAUGGACCCCACGGUCCUCCUGGUCCACACGGUCCUCCUGGCCCUCCAGGUCCUCCAGGCCCAGGAAAUCCUAUGGGUCCCUAUAAUCCCGGGCCCUAUAAUCCUGGCCCGCCUGGCCCUCCUCAACAUGGUCCUCCAGCCCAGUACGCUCCACAAGGAUGGGGAAAUACCUAUCAACCCUGGCAGCAACAGGGCCAACCAGAUCCAAAUAAAGCUGGAGAUGCAAAUACGGCUGCAUGGGCAGCGUAUUACGCUCAGUAUUAUCAGCAACAAGCACAGCAGCCACCUGCAGCUUCAAGUACUGGUCAGGGCAAUACCCCAAAUUCUGGACAGGGUGAUCCAAAUCAACCAAAUCCAGCCCAGAAUCCUCAAACUGAUUAUACCAAGGCCUGGGAAGAAUAUUACAAGAAACUAGGUCAACAGGGACAACAACCACAAGGAGCCCAACAGGAUUACACAAAGGCCUGGGAGGAAUACUACAAAAAGCAAAGUCAGGCAGCUCAGGCUUCUGGUGCAGCACCUCCACCAGGUGGUCAGCCAGACUACAGUGCUGCGUGGGCUGAAUACUACAGGCAGCAAGCUGCGUACUACAGUCAGACAAACUCGCAAGGAAUGCCCCAGCACCCUCCAGCACAGCAACCUCCACAGAUUAAGGAUCCUGUCCACACGCAGUGUCCUUCAAAUGUUUCAUGUUUGUAACCACUUGUGUAUUUCUUAUGUAUUUCUUCUGCACAGGGCCAGUAAUGUGAAGUGGAGAUAAUUACAACAGUGUGGGGAAAAGCCUUUGUAAAAUGUAUGGAUGCAGACGCCUUGCUGAAGAUCUUAAUUUUGUUUGGUUUCAAAAAUAGUGUUUCUAUUUGUCAUACCCGAGAGGUUGAAAAUGUGAUAACCAUCAUUUUGUGUAGAAAUGCAAAUUGGUUUGCUUUUAGUGAAUCACAAUAGUUUGAACAUUCCAGCAUAUGUAUUUUCAAUUUCUAUUCAGUCAUUAAAGUGACAUGUGCUUCUGUUGUAAAAUGUACUAAUUUUCAAUGUAUACCUGUUCACUUUUAAACACUUGUUUUGUGCUUGACAAUAAAUCAUAUGAAAACCUUUGUUGUGGGUAAGUUGGAUCUAUGGGUAAUUAUGUCACCACAGAUGUGUUCCGCGUAUUGAACUGUAACUUGAUAUAUUCUUACACAUUCACUGUCUUCUGAAUUCUUGCUUCGUCGAGCUUAGAUUUGAAAUGUGGAUAAUUUUGAUUCUUGCAGAACAGAAUAGCUAUUGUAGUCCAAUAGGUUCAAUCUGUUUCUUAAAAAGCCAUAUUAUCAGUUUAGUUUAUCAGUUGUGAUGCAGAUGUAAUGAAUUUGGGACAGUGCAUCUCUUGCAUAAUCUUUUCAUAGCAGAAUGUACAAUGGUGAAUUUAUAGUCGUGCUAUUAAAUCUGUCAACGGCA